AUGGAGUUCUUGUUAAAGUUACAGGAAAAUCGUCUUCGUACUUUUGUUGAAAGUUUUGAAGAGAAACAGGUUGAAUGGUUGAAUGUUUAUUAUAAAAGUUUUGAGUAUGAAUUUAAAAAAUUUCUUGAUGUGGCCAAGGAGUGUCAUGAUCUUUUUAUCGAACAAGUGAAGAAGGUGAAAGAAUACGUGGAUCUUCAGGUGGUAGCACUUAAAUCCGAAAUGGUAAAAGAAGUUGAGAAAAUGGAGAAGAAUUAUACUGUGUUGCAUAAUAAAAUUGAUGUUGUUGCUGAUGCCAUUGCGAAGUUGGUUGAAUUCAAUACUGCUUAUUUAACCAAGCUUGAAGCAAAUUCGGAGCAGGAUUCGAAAGUGUUUACCAAGUUGGAGGAAUUUUUAUCAAGCAUUCAGGAGUCCAUUUCGAAAGUUGAUCUUUCGACUUAG